UUAGGGAAAUAAAUAAAACGGUGAAGAUGAAGAACCCUCAAUUUUCUUCGAGUCUUUUCUUAUUGAUUUUUUUGUUAUUCUCACAAAUUUCCUUCAACACGUUCACUACGCGAACAAUACAGUUCUUCUCUCUCUCUCUCUCUCUCUCUCUCUAUCUAUCUCUCUCUUUGAUUGAUUUUCUCGCAGCUUUACGUCUCCACCACGGUCUCUGAUUUCCAUUUCUUGUUCAUUCUCUCUUUCUCUCUUUGAUCCGGAGAGGAGAAAGAUUGGUGGAAUUUUUCAUUACAACAUAUUCUAUCCGGAUCGAACAAUUUUCAGGUGUAUUCGGGGUAAUAUGGCUGAGGAAAAAGCUGCUGGAGAAGGUGAGAAGAAGGAUGCUGUUGCGGAUGUUGGCGGGAAGAAGAAAUCCCGGGGGAUUUUCUCGCGGCUUUGGAAUAGUAUCUUCCGUGUACGCGGUGAUGAUUUUGAGAAGAGGCUUCAGCAUAUUUCUAAGGAAGAAGCAGCUGUUCUUGCUAGGUUGAAGCGUAGAUCCCUAACCUGGCGACGAAUGGCUAGAAAUCUUAUUAUAUUCUCUGUCGUUUUUGAGAUUGUUGCAGUUUGUUAUGCUAUCAUAACUACAAGAACUGUAGAUUUGAACUGGAAGAUGAGAGCUUUCAGAGUUUUACCCAUGUUUCUUUUGCCUGCAUUAUCGACUCUGGCUUAUACGACAUUUCUUAGCUUCACAAGAAUGUGUGAUAGGAAGGACCAAAAAACCCUUGAAAGGCUGCGAGCUGAGAGGCAAGCUAAAAUUGAUGAACUUAAGGAGAAAACAAAUUAUUACAUUACCCAGCAGCUCAUCCAGAGAUAUGAUCCCGACCCUGCUGCAAAGGCGGCUGCUGCAACUGUAUUGGCUUCCAAGAUGGGAGCAGAUUCUGGCUUAAAGGUUCGUUUGGGCGAUGAGUCCAACCCUAAUGUUCCAUCAGGGAAGAGCAAUGAUGUUGAACUUGUGCAAGCCGGUGGUGGGCUUCGAAACAGAAAACAAGGUCACACCCGUUCCAGCAGUACAGGUAGUGCUUCAUUGCAUCAUAUUGAUGAAGAUGCAUGUCGUCCUGCAGUAUCCGAUGCUCCUAAUGCUUCUGAGCAUAAUCAGUUGGUUGUCGGUCAUUACAAUCCCCAAGGACCCGCUGUAAAUGAUGGAGGAUGGCUAGCUCGAAUUGCUGCACUGCUCGUUGGAGAAGAUCCAACACAAUCUUAUGCACUCAUCUGUGGCAACUGCCAUAUGCACAAUGGUGAGUCAAUCCUACUCUACCCUUUACACCACACUCUUUUCUUCAAUACACAAGCAGAAGGAGUCUGUAUCUCUUUAUGCAUCUAUAAACGUGAAAAUACAUGCACUUCCGUUUUCGAGUCGAAUAAAAUCCACAAGGACUACUAUAACUUCAUCUCUUUUUUAUCCUUUGUAGGACUUGUCAAGAAGGAAGAUUUCCCAUUCAUUACCUACUACUGCCCACAUUGUCAUGCCCUAAAUCGGUCCAACCAAUCAGAGGAACAAAUUUCUGGCCAUGGCAGUCCAACUGCUGGUUCUAUAAAACCAAGAAGCACUAGUGACCCGAUAAUACUCACCAGCAACGUCGACGCAGAGACAAUUUCUGAGAUUCAGGAGGCCAUCGAACAAACGGAAUCUGCAAACUUAGUUAGCGAAGAAGAAAAGGUACACACAGCCGAAACGACAUAAUUAUAAUACACCACGGAACUCAAAUUUGAUCAUUGCCUUGGGCUUGGCUUGUUAUAGUAUCUCCCUUGUGUUCAUAUCGUGGGCGUUUAUCGAGCAACAAAUUGUUUUCAUAGUUUUGCUUCUUCUUGCUUGGUCUUGUAAAAGCUGGCACUGUUAAGGUGAGUAACAUUUCCUUCCUUUGUUCAUUUUAUAUUUUUACUUUUUUCCUUUUCUUAGAGAGUUGAUUGAUGUAUACAUAGAUUACAUGGAUUUUGUUGUAAACAUGUAAAACUUUUUGAGCUUUGACUUUUUAAUGGAAGUGUCUAAAAGAUUUUACUUC